CUCCUUAGUGUCACGGACGCCCGGAAGUGGUUGCAAAUUUAAACAGCCAUCACAGCAACAAUAAAGCUGUACUUUUACAUCACACGCUGUUUGGCCAAUCGGAAAUUUAUGAAAAUUGAGCUAAACUCUUACUGAGAAUUUCUUUAAGUUUACAGGUGCAGACCUAACCGAAGUGGUCCAAGCUGACGGCAACAGUAAGGAAGAAGUAAUAAAGAUGGCCGAGGCAGAACAAGGAGAUGCGGCGAGCAAUGAGGGAAAGGCCAGUCUAGGAAUACCCAGUAACAGUUCAAUUAAGAGAGGAAGGGGGAGGCCACAAGGUUCAAAGAAGAUGAAAGUUUCUGUUACAGAUGUUAACUUAACGGAGCAGAUUUCUAACGGUGGGUCCAAACAGUCUACGAGGGGAAGAGGGCGUCCAAAACUCACGAAACACACAGUGCAGGAAGGAUCAGGAGAUGACCAUGUGGAUCAUUCUUUACAAACUCAAGUGUCCAACAAACAGGCCAGUAAUGAAGACAGUCUUACGGCCAACCAUUCUCCUAAGAAAAGAGGGCGGCCGAGAAAUUCUCUGAACAAAAGCACCUCUGAGAAUGCUGCCGCUAAAGACUUACCGAACGGUGGCUCUGAUGCACCAAAAGCAAGAAGGGGUCGUCCGAAAGGAUCCUUGAAUCGCAAGUCAGCACGUUUAACAAGUGGAGAGAAUGAAGGCAGUUCUGUAACGCGUCGGAGACAAAGAGGCUCUCUCAAUAAGAAACCCAUGAAAGAGGUGAGCAGUGAGGAGGAGGAGGAGGAGGAGGAGGAGGAGGAGGAAGAGGAAGAGCCUGCAGAGAAGUCUCACAGAGGCAGGGGAAGGCCCAAAAAAAAGAUUGUCGAGGAGAGCGAAGAAGAAGAAGAAGAACUUGACUCGGAUGGCUCCAAGCCGGCUAAGAGGGGGAGGGGUCGCCCCAAAGGCUCUUUAAACAAGAAACCCCCUGCUUAUAGGGUGCACAGUAAGGUGGGCCCGGCCACACGAGGGAAGCGUGGUCGACCAAGAAAACAACCAGCCAAAAGGGGACGGCCAAGGAAGUACCCUCUGCCAUCACCUGAGGAGCUGAACAAGCCCAAAGUAUGGAAGCCGCUGGGAAGGCCGCGGAAAUACCCCCGUGUUGAUCCUCCAGAGGGGUCUCAACCAGCCCCUCGCAGAAGCCGCGGUCGGCCUUUUAAGUCAGAGUCCAAGAAAGGCGCUCACCUGCGCAAGAAUUUUCCUGCAUCUUCACCACGUGACCCCAAUGUUGGAUCCCAGAGAAAAAGGGGUCGUCCGCCAAGUGCACCAAAAAGUGUUGCUGCACCAAAAGGUGAUGCUGCACCAACGCGGAAAAGGGGCCGUCCUAAAGGUUCACUCAACUUUAAAAAAGCCAGCAGUGAAACAAAGCCUGAAGUCUCCAACCGUUCAAAAGCAGAGAGUGAUUCAUCUCCUGUUGGGGUGGAUCACAAAGCAGAGGCGAAGCACAACACAGAGACGUCCAGCGAGCAACUCGAGGACACGCCCAUUGAGCGCGGGGACAAUACAGAAGAAUCGCUCAGCGGUCAGGAUGCAGGCCUUGAAGUUAGUAACCAGGCUUGAUGAACCACCCCGGUAUGACCAAAAAAAGUUGCUGUUUUUAGAAUACAAUCUUGUCAAGGAAAUCACGUUUCUAGUCAUUUUGUCAGUCGAUAUUCUGCAGCUCUUUCUGACUAACUUGUCCAUCUUGUUCUAUUGUGCUUUUUAUUAAUUACUUUAUCUAUGUCGUCAGAAUAUUAGUAUUACUAAUAAUCUUUUUUGGAACUGGCACUGAUUGUUCCGGUUUACAUUUAGCGUUUAGAUGUAGUUUUUGUCCGUUUUAUUGUAACUGUAAAACGGUUUCUUUUUAAAUGAGUUAAAAAGGGAAAAAGUCAAAGCAAAUAGAAACUAUAGAGAGCUGUGUUUGUGAAAUCACAUCCGGUCUCCAUUACACCAGCUUUUGUAACUCAAUACAAUCUGUUAUUCUGUAUUUCUUUCUGAAAAAAAUACGAGUUUCAGGACAAAAUCAACUAUUCUAUAAAAAUGUAAAACAUGUUUUCCAACUGAUUUCCAAACACAUCUUCUAUGAUACUGCUCUGCUACCCUUUUUUGAUUUUAGUUUGCAUAAUUGGACUUGACAAGGACACAGGAUUAGAUCUGGGAAAUGCUUCUUUUAAAUAAAAAUAUUUUUAUUAUAACAAUUUCAAGGGGGUCACUCGUAGCAAUGAACGUACAGAGAAUUAUCACCUGAGUCUGCAGCUGAUCUCAGUUUACAGAGAUUUAGAGCCAGUGUCAACGGAUUGUUUAACCCUCUGGCCGCAAACACUUCUGUUUUCAUUCAUUCAAUGGUGUUGUUUUUGGUCAACAUAGUGGAGCAUUUAGCAGCUAAGAACAGAUAUUUCCCUCAGGAGUUUGUUGAGACCAAAAUCUGAGCUAAAAAAGAGUGAAUAUUAGCCUAUUGGACACAAACACAACUCCAAACGAAUGCUGAUAAUUUCUGAGUAACUGCUGGAUGUAAAUUAGGAAUAUUGUAGUUCAUAAAUUUGCUCUACCAUCUUAAAAGGUGCUGUUAUUUCAAUGUUGUGUUGUGCAACAACUUGUUUCCCCUUCCCCCUAGUGGUCAAUAAAUCAUUAUUGCAGGUUCAAGCCAUGAUGUUCUGUGGCUCACAAGGAAUUGCUAGAGGCCGCUAAAGUACUGUUGAGUAGUUUGUGUUGUUUCACAAUGUGGACGUGAAUGAGCUUUCCUUGUGUUUGGAUCAUAAAAAAAACAGAAGUUGCCCUUUUUAUAUUGGGAAUCUGUGAGGAGAGUUUGAGGGCCUGCGAAAUAAAAUCCAUCCACAUGAUGUCAUGAUUUUCUCAAUCCCAUUUCAUUUUCUUUUUAAAUUGGCCUUAGUUGCCCAAGCUUUGAAUGUACCAUCAGUUACAGUUACACGGAUCAAUGAGCCCCUCACCACACAUUCCUCAAGCGGACUGAAACCUCUAAGAAACGCCUUCUCGCCACACACGUAGUACUUUUGUAGUUUCAACUGUUGCCAUCAUGAUGUUCUCCUAAUGCUGACAUGUAGCUGUGAAAGCUUUUCUUCUUUUUUUUUUUAUUACUUUGACCGUCAUGAGAUUAAAUUUAGGUGAUUGGAUUGAUUUCACAAACAUUCAUACACUUGUUUUUGUUUUAAAAAAUCGUUUGACUUGUACAUCAUUAUUACUUAAUGUAUAUCGACAUCUUUAGCGUUGGGUAAAACAAUUAAAGUGUUUAAAUGCCAAAUGGAGUUCGGUUGUGUCAAGUUAUUCAAAUAUUUUUCAGUGGACACAUUUGGAUUUUGUGCGUUUUAAACAAGAAGUCAAUAAUUUGUGAUAUUAUGCUCUUGAAAUAAAAUGUGAUGAUCUUGCUGUUUUA